AUGACAGAAGAAAAUCAGACUCUGAUAACAGACUUUGUUCUCACCGGACUUACAGAUCAUCCUUGGCUGCAGCUUUCCCUGUUCCUGGUGUUCUUGGUGAUAUACCUUGUCACCAUGGUGGGGAACCUUGGAUUGAUGGCUCUUAUUUGGAAGGAUCCCCAUCUCCACACACCCAUGUACCUAUUUCUUGGUGGUUUAGCUUUUGCAGAUGCUUGUACUUCAACCUCUGUGACCCCUAGGAAGCUGGUCAAUUUCUUAGACAAAACGACAAUAAUAUCCCUGGCAGAGUGCUUUACCCAGUUUUAUUUUUUUGCUGCCAGCGCGACUACAGAAUGUUUUCUCCUGGUGGUGAUGGCCUAUGACAGAUAUGUUGCUAUAUGUAAUUCUUUGCUUUAUCCUGUGGUGAUGUCCAACAGACUCUGCACUCAACUGAUAAGUAUUUCAUAUGCCCUUGGUUUUCUGCAUCCACUGAUUCAUGUGAUUGUGUCAUUAAGAUUAACUUUCUGCAGGGCUAAUAUAAUCCAUCAUUUCUACUGUGAAAUAUUACAACUCUUCAAAAUUUCAUGCAUUGACCCCUCUAUUAACGUGCUUAUAAUAUUUAUUUUUGGUGCAUUUAUACAAAUAUCCACUUUAGUGACCAUCAUAAUCUCUUAUACUCGUGUGCUCUAUGACAUCCUGAAAAAAAAAUCUGAAAAAAGAAGAAGCAAAGCCUUCUCCACGUGCAGUGCCCAUCUGCUCUCUGUCUCGUUGUACUAUGGAACCCUCAUCUUCAUAUAUCUGCGCCCAGCAUCUGGCCUAGCUGAAGAUCAGGACAAAAUGUACUCUCUAUUUUACACGAUUAUAAUUCCUCUGACCAACCCAUUUAUUUACAGUUUGAGAAAUAAAGAGGUUAUAGGUGCAUGGGAGAGAGUUACAAAGAAAUAA